AAAAGACAUCAACUUGAAGUCCUCUUCCACGAGAAACCAUUUUCGGAAGUGAAUGGGUCUGGAAAGCAUGUGAAUUGGGGGAUAUUCAGUGGUCCAGAGUGUCUUCUUGUAUUGGGAGAAACAGAAGAAACACGCCGGAGAUUUUACUUCUUAGUUGCUGCUGUGUUGAUGGGUGUCGACAACCAUGCAGAUGUCUUGCGGGCGUCCGUGAUGACUGCUGGGAACGUUCAUCGUCUGGGUGGGUUUGAAGCGCCUCCUGCUGUUAUUUCGGUCUUUUUAGGUGAUGGGUUACAAGAACUGAUCGAUGGGUUGGUUGAAGGGAAGAAUGAAAUAAUACGAGGGAAAAUGACAUUAGAUUUCCACUUACAGAUGCUCCCGAAAAUCACGCGCGACCAAAGCGACAGAAAUCGAACAUCGCCGUUCGCGUUCAUUGGAAACCGGUUUGAGUUCAGAGCCGUUGGAUCGGAACAAAAUGCGGCUUGGCCAAUUACUGUGUUGAACACCGCAGUUGCUGAGGCACUGAAUGCGAUGUGCGACGAGGUGGACAAAUACAUGAAGAACGGCAAAACGGAGACGGAGUCGGUUGAGUUAGUGAUUAAAGAAACUCUUCAGAAGCAUCAAAAAGUAGUUUAUAAUGAAGACUGUUAUAAUGUGAAGUAUCGAGAACAUAUGGAGAAACAUGGCAUUCGCGAAAUUAAAACGAUGGACGAAGCUCUUAACGCUUUAAAGAAGUCGGAAGAAAUGUUUUCGACAACAAAUGUGCUGAGUAAAGAAGAAAUUGAAGCGCGAGUCACUAUUCUCGCGGAGGCGUUUGUGAGUUCCGUGUUGAUUGAUGUCAACCAAAUGAUCGAUAUGGUCGAAAGCGAAGUCUUGCCCGUUGUCUUGACUUUUGUCGCGAAGGAAACACAAGAAGCAAAAACACUUGGAGUCACACAAGUAUCCCGUCGAGUCCAAACUAUGACUUCAUGGCUGGAGUCUCUCUUCAACACUAUUGAGGAAUUGAAGAAAGAAAAGGAGAGUGUCAAGGAUUCAUCUUGUCUCAAAGAAGCCCACCGUGCUCUUGAACAAAUGGAAAACGUCCGGGAGUACGUCGAUAAGUUUGAAUGUGUGAUGCCAAAUUCGAUCUGGCCGUAUCCGUCGUAUGAAGAGAUAUGGAAUGCACACUGCUAA